AUGUCUCUGGAAUCCACUUCAGCGCAGGAAUUCCUUGAACGAUUUGAGUCCCCUCCUUCUACCUCGGAAAGCACAGAUGCACUGAACAACGAGCUAUUGGUACUUCGCGAUUCAGAGUUGGGCCCACGCCUUGAUCGUGCAAUGCGUGAAGGCGAAGACAUCCGUUACCUGUACCAAGCUAUGCAGGAUGCCGUUUGGAUGAAACGAGAGACCCUCGUCAAGGAGCUCCUCAGGUGCAAAAUGCCUAUCUCGUCCACCUACGUACAGACGGCUGCCGAGGCAAAGGCGAAAAAUAUCUUGACAAUCUUCUUUGACAACGGCUGGGAUAUCAAUACGCCCUUGGAUGAACUGACUCCACCUGUCCUUGCUUCUGCCCUUGAAGACAGAGAGAUGACAGAAUGGCUCCUUGAUCGUGGCGCUGAUCCGAAUAUGCGAUGUGAACUCGACUACACCCCCUUACCCAUGCUGUUCAAAUGUUUGAUGUGCCGACUGUCGAUCAUCUACUUGAUCGUGUUGGUAUACUGGGCCAUUGGUCGAUACCGUGAAGAAAACCUCGAAAUGGUCAAAUUUCUGAUUGACCGAGGUGCUCCCUUCAAUGCUCUUUUGCAUGAGAAUCAUGAGCAUUCUCGUCGGUUGUUCCCUCACUAUACACGGACUCCUCUCCACCUCGCGGUGUCCUCGAAGAAACAUAACGUGAUUCGUUAUUUGAUCCAGAAGGGUGCAAGUGUCGAUAUCAAAGAUUACAAGGAUAAAACAGCUGUGGAGUGUGCAGAUGAGGACACACGAAAGAUCAUCAUGGCGGAGAUUCAGAAAAGAAGUCAGUAA